CUGAGGCGAGGCUGAAGAAGCAGCUGCAGGAGGGCCGCGUCGCUCGGGCAGCCCGGCAAGUAGCCGCCGUGACUGGCCAGGGAGCAGCGGAGGGCGGUGGCGGUGGCGGCGGGGAGGCAGCGAGCAUGGAUGUGGACUCAGCGGCCCCUCAGGCCGGUGCUGCUGCUGCUGCUGGUGGUAGUGGCGGUAAUGUUGACAAUGGUGGCACGAGAGCCGCCGCCCCCGCAGCCGCUGUCACGUCGGGCCGCUGCUACUACACAGCUUUAUCGCGCCUGGUGAAGGGAGCAGGUCUGACUCCCGCGCAGCUCACCGCACUCAACCUGGAUCGCACCGCACAGCUGGAGGCGGCUGCGCAGCGGUGGGGGGACAGCGGCCAGACGGGGACAGGGAC